CGCCCGCCUCGCAGGCCAGGUCGUGCAGGUGGGCUGGAUGGGCAUCACCGGAGGGCAAGGUUGCAAGCCUCUUAUGUAAGGAGCUGACGGGGAAAUAAAAUAUACAGGAUGAAAAGAUGGCAACGUUGCCUCCCCCAGGACCUCAGAGUUUUGUCUACUUUACAAAACAGUCCCUUGCCCUCAUUGAACAACGUAUUGCUGAAGGAAAAACAAAGGAACCCAAAGAAGAAAAGAAGGAUGAUGAGGAAGAAGGCCCAAAGCCAAGCAGUGACUUGGAAGCAGGCAAACAGCUACCCUUCAUCUAUGGAGACAUCCCCCCAGGCAUGGUGUCAGAGCCCCUGGAGGACCUGGACCCCUACUAUGCAGACAAAAAAACUUUCAUAGUAUUGAACAAAGGGAAAGCAAUCUUCCGUUUCAAUGCCACCCCGGCUUUGUACAUGCUGUCUCCUUUCAGUUCUCUAAGAAGAAUAUCUAUUAAGAUUUUAGUACACUCCUUAUUUAGCAUGCUUAUCAUGUGCACUAUUCUGACGAACUGCAUAUUUAUGACCAUGAGUAACCCUCCAGAUUGGACCAAGAAUGUAGAGUACACUUUUACCGGAAUAUAUACUUUUGAGUCACUUGUUAAAAUCCUUGCAAGAGGCUUCUGUGUCGGAGAAUUCACUUUCCUUCGUGACCCAUGGAACUGGCUCGAUUUUGUCGUCAUUGUUUUUGCGUAUUUAACAGAAUUUGUAAACCUAGGCAAUGUUUCAGCUCUUCGAACUUUCAGAGUGUUGAGAGCUUUGAAAACUAUUUCUGUAAUUCCAGGCCUGAAGACCAUUGUGGGGGCUCUGAUCCAGUCGGUGAAGAAGCUCUCCGAUGUCAUGAUCCUGACUGUGUUCUGUCUGAGCGUGUUUGCCCUCAUUGGGCUGCAGCUGUUCAUGGGUAACCUGAAGCAUAAGUGUCUGAGGGAUCCGCUGGAAAAUAAUGAAACAUUAGAAAGCAUCAUAGAUACCCUUGAAGAAGAAGACUAUAAAAAAUAUUUUUAUUACUUGGAGGGAUCUAAAGAUGCUCUCCUUUGUGGUUUGAGCACGGAUUCAGGCCAGUGUCCAGAAGGGUACAGGUGUGUGAAAGCUGGCAGAAACCCUGAUUAUGGCUACACGAGCUUUGACACUUUCAGUUGGGCCUUCUUGGCCUUGUUUCGGCUAAUGACCCAGGAUUACUGGGAAAACCUUUACCAACAGACACUGCGUGCUGCUGGGAAAACCUACAUGAUCUUCUUUGUUGUGGUGAUUUUUCUGGGCUCCUUUUAUCUAAUAAACUUGAUUCUUGCUGUGGUUGCCAUGGCCUAUGAAGAACAGAACCAGGCAAACAUCGAAGAAGCCAAGCAAAAGGAGUUAGAAUUUCAACAGAUGUUAGAUCGUCUUAAAAAAGAGCAAGAAGAAGCUGAGGCAAUUGCAAUUGCAGCAGCUGAGUACACAAGUAUUGGGAGAAGCAGAAUGAUGGGCUUCUCUGAGAGUUCCUCCGAAACAUCCAAACUGAGCUCUAAAAGUGCUAAAGAAAGAAGAAACAGAAGAAAGAAAAGGAAUCAAAAGAAGCUUUCCAGUGGGGAAGAAAAGGGAGACAAUGAGAAGUUGUCCAAAUCGGAAUCAGAGGAGAGUAUCAGGAGACAAAGUUUCCAUCUUGGUGUUGAAGGUCAUAGACGAGGACAUGAAAAGAGACUGACUACCCCUAAUCAGUCGCCGCUCAGCAUUCGAGGCUCCUUGUUUUCUGGAAGGCGCAGCAGCCGAACAAGCCUUUUCAGUUUCAAAGGUCGAGGGAAAGAUAUGGGAUCCGAGACUGAAUUUGCUGAUGAUGAGCACAGCAUUUUCGGAGACAGCGAGAGCAGGCGAGGCUCGCUGUUUGUGCCCCACAGAGCUCGGGAGCGGCGCGGCAGCAACAUCAGCCAAGCCAGUAGGUCCCCCCCAGUGCCGUCAGUGAAGGGGAAGAUGCACAGUGCCGUGGACUGCAACGGUGUGGUCUCCCUGGUGGAUGGACACUCAGCCCUCAUGCUCCCCAAUGGACAGCUUCUGCCAGAGGUGAUAAUAGAUAAGGCAACUUCUGAUGACAGCGGUACAACCAAUCAAAUACACAAGAAAAGACGUUCUAGUUCUUAUAUUCUUUCUGAAGAUAUGUUGAAUGAUCCCAAUCUGAGACAAAGAGCAAUGAGUAGAGUAAGCAUAUUAACAAACACUGUAGAAGAACUUGAAGAGUCCAGACAAAAAUGUCCACCCUGGUGGUACAGAUUUGCACACACAUUCUUGAUCUGGAAUUGUUCUCCAUAUUGGAUAAAAUUCAAAAAGCUUGUUUAUUUUAUUGUAAUGGAUCCUUUUGUAGAUCUUGCUAUUACCAUUUGCAUAGUUUUAAACACAAUGUUUAUGGCUAUGGAACAUCACCCAAUGACCGAAGAAUUCAAAAAUGUACUUGCUGUGGGAAAUUUGGUCUUCACUGGGAUCUUUGCAGCUGAAAUGGUUUUAAAACUAAUUGCCAUGGAUCCAUAUGAGUAUUUCCAAAUAGGAUGGAACAUUUUUGACAGUCUUAUUGUGACCUUAAGUUUAGUGGAGCUUUUCCUAGCAGAUGUGGAAGGACUGUCAGUUCUGCGAUCAUUUAGACUGCUUCGAGUUUUCAAACUGGCAAAGUCUUGGCCAACACUGAAUAUGCUGAUAAAGAUCAUCGGCAACUCAGUGGGGGCUCUGGGUAACCUCACCUUGGUGUUGGCCAUCAUCGUCUUCAUUUUUGCCGUGGUCGGCAUGCAGCUCUUUGGUAAGAACUACAAAGAAUGUGUCUGCAAGAUCAAUGAAGACUGUACACUCCCACGCUGGCACAUGAAUGACUUCUUCCACUCCUUCCUGAUUGUGUUCCGCGUGCUGUGUGGAGAGUGGAUAGAAACCAUGUGGGACUGUAUGGAGGUCGCUGGUCAAGCCAUGUGUCUUAUUGUGUACAUGAUGGUCAUGGUCAUUGGAAACCUAGUGGUCCUCAAUCUAUUUCUGGCUUUAUUAUUGAGCUCAUUUAGCUCAGACAAUCUUACAGCAAUUGAAGAAGAUACUGAUGCAAACAACCUCCAGAUUGCAGUGGCCAGAAUUACAAAGGGAAUAAAUUAUGUGAAACAAACCUUACGUGAAUUUAUUCUCAAAGCAUUUUCCAAAAAACCAAAGGUUUCCAAAGACACAAGAAGAGCAGAAGAUCAAAAUAGUAAGAAGGAAAACUAUAUAUCUAACCGCACACUUGCUGAAAUGAACAGAGAUCACAAUUAUCACAAAGAAAAAGACCAGAUCAGUGGUUUUGGAAGCAGCGUGGACAAAUAUUUGAUGGAAGAAAGUGAUUGUCAAUCAUUUAUUCAUAAUCCCAGCCUGACUGUGACAGUGCCCAUUGCACCCGGGGAAUCUGAUUUGGAAAAUAUGAAUACCGAGGAACUGAGCAGUGAUUCAGAGAGUGAAUACAGCAAAGGGAGGCUGAACCGGUCGAGUUCCUCUGAGUGCAGCACAGUUGAUAACCCUCUGCCAGGAGAAGGAGAAGAAGCGGAGGCUGAACCUGUAAAUUCAGAUGAGCCAGAGGCCUGUUUUACUGAUGGUUGUGUGCGGAGGUUCCCAUGCUGCCAAGUUGACAUAGAGUCAGGGAAAGGAAAAAUCUGGUGGAACAUCAGGAAAACAUGCUACAGAAUAGUUGAACACAGUUGGUUCGAAAGCUUUAUUGUUCUCAUGAUCCUGCUCAGCAGUGGAGCCCUGGCUUUUGAAGAUAUAUAUAUUGAAAAGAAAAAGACCAUUAAGAUUAUCCUGGAGUAUGCUGACAAGAUAUUCACUUACGUCUUCAUUCUGGAAAUGCUUCUAAAAUGGGUAGCUUAUGGUUAUAAAACGUAUUUCACCAAUGCCUGGUGUUGGCUGGAUUUCUUAAUUGUUGAUGUUUCUUUGGUUACUUUAGUUGCAAGCACUCUUGGCUACUCAGACCUUGGCCCCAUCAAAUCCCUUAGGACGCUUAGAGCUUUAAGACCUCUAAGAGCUUUAUCUAGAUUUGAAGGAAUGAGGGUGGUCGUGAAUGCCCUCAUAGGUGCAAUUCCUUCCAUCAUGAAUGUACUACUAGUAUGUCUUAUAUUCUGGCUAAUAUUUAGCAUCAUGGGAGUAAAUUUGUUUGCUGGGAAGUUCUAUGAGUGUGUUAAUACCACAGAUGGGUCGCGCUUUCCAACAAACCUUGUUCAGAAUCGUUCUGACUGUUACGCGCUGAUGAAUAUUAGUCAAAAUGUACGAUGGAAGAACUUGAAGGUGAACUUUGAUAAUGUUGGACUUGGUUACCUCUCUCUACUUCAAGUUGCAACAUUUAAGGGAUGGAUGGAUAUUAUGUAUGCAGCUGUUGAUAAUGUUAAUGUAGACGAGCAGCCCAUAUAUGAAUACAACCUCUACAUGUAUAUUUAUUUUGUCAUCUUUAUCAUCUUUGGGUCAUUCUUCACUUUGAACUUAUUCAUUGGUGUCAUAAUAGAUAAUUUCAACCAACAGAAAAAAAAGCUUGGGGGUCAAGACAUCUUCAUGACAGAAGAACAGAAGAAAUAUUAUAAUGCAAUGAAAAAGCUGGGCUCUAAGAAACCACAAAAGCCAAUACCUCGGCCAGGGAACAAAUUCCAAGGAUGUAUAUUUGACCUAGUAACAAACCAAGCUUUUGAUAUCACCAUCAUGGUUCUUAUCUGCCUCAACAUGGUGACCAUGAUGGUAGAAAAAGAGGGACAAAGUGAAUACAUGACUGAUGUUUUAUAUUGGAUAAAUGUGGUUUUUAUUAUUCUUUUCACUGGAGAAUGUGUGCUGAAACUGAUCUCCCUCAGACACUACUACUUCACUAUAGGAUGGAACAUUUUUGACUUUGUGGUUGUGAUUCUCUCCAUUGUAGGUAUGUUUCUGGCUGAGCUCAUAGAAAAAUACUUUGUGUCCCCUACCCUGUUCCGAGUGAUCCGGCUCGCCAGGAUUGGUCGAAUCUUGCGUCUGAUCAAAGGGGCCAAGGGGAUCCGCACGCUGCUCUUUGCUCUGAUGAUGUCCCUUCCUGCCUUGUUUAACAUCGGCCUCCUGCUCUUCCUGGUCAUGUUCAUCUACGCCAUCUUUGGAAUGUCCAACUUUGCCUAUGUUAAAAAGGAAGCUGGAAUCAAUGACAUGUUCAACUUUGAGACCUUUGGCAACAGCAUGAUCUGCCUGUUCCAAAUUACCACCUCCGCUGGCUGGGACGGACUGCUGGCACCUAUUCUCAACAGUGCACCCCCUGACUGUGAUCCAAAGAAAGUUCAUCCCGGAAGUUCAGUUGAAGGAGACUGCGGGAACCCAUCAGUUGGGAUAUUUUAUUUUGUGAGUUACAUCAUCAUAUCAUUUCUGGUUGUGGUGAACAUGUACAUCGCUGUCAUCCUGGAGAACUUCAGUGUUGCUACUGAGGAAAGUACUGAACCCCUGAGUGAGGAUGACUUCGAGAUGUUCUAUGAGGUUUGGGAGAAGUUUGAUCCUGAUGCCACCCAGUUUAUAGAGUAUAGCAAGCUCUCCGAUUUUGCAGCUGCCCUGGAUCCUCCUCUUCUCAUAGCCAAACCAAACAAAGUCCAGCUCAUCGCCAUGGACCUGCCCAUGGUCAGUGGGGACCGGAUCCAUUGCCUUGACAUUUUAUUUGCCUUUACAAAGCGUGUUUUGGGUGAAAGCGGAGAGAUGGACUCUCUACGUUCACAGAUGGAGGAAAGGUUCAUGUCAGCAAAUCCUUCUAAAGUGUCCUAUGAACCCAUAACAACUACACUAAAACGAAAACAAGAGGAUGUGUCUGCUACUGUCAUUCAGCGUGCUUACAGACAUUACCGCUUACGGCAAAAUGUCAAAAAUAUAUCAAGUAUAUACAUAAAAGAUGGAGACCGAGAUGAUGGUUUGCCCAGUAAAGAAGAUAGGGUGUUUGACAACACUAAUGAGAACUCAAGUCCAGAAAAAACAGAUGCAACCCCAUCCACCGUCUCUCCACCUUCAUAUGACAGUGUAACAAAGCCAGACAAAGAGAAAUAUGAAACGGACAAAGCAGAAAAGGAAGACAAAGGGAAAGAUGGCAAGGAAAGCAAAAAGUAGAGCUUCAUUUUUGAUAUAUUGUUUACAGCCUCUGGAGGUGAUAUAUUUGUGUUAAUAAGACUCUUUUAAGGAAGUCUAUGCCAAAACUUUUUAUUGAAAUAUUCUCAGAGUCAGUGUGGUUGACUCGCUCUGAUUCCCUAAAAUAGGUGAACAGGAUUAGCAGAUGGCUACAUUUGCAUUGGUAAAUGGUUAUGUAAGAAUCGUGAGAGUACUCUGCAGGGAUUCUCGAUUACAGCAAACAAAGCUGGUUUAAUUUUAUUUGCUUUUAAUAAAUCAGAAGACCAUGUGGAAAAUGUUCACCUCUGCCUUGUCAUCUCUUCACAGGAUUGUAAACCUUCCUGUUUCCCAUGCAAAUACAAACACACACGCAGCUAUCAUUUGGAUAUCUGUAGAAGUGUUUUACCUUGGCUUUGCAAAUCAAAUGUCCUGAUAGAAGGAAUGGCCAUUAGUAACAAAUAACACAUCUGUUAUUAGGAAGCAAGACUCUUUUCCAUGUACAGAGGUCAUUGUCUAUUUUUGAGGUGCUUACAUUUAUUCCGUACUGCAUCAGAAUCAAUUUUUAUGUGCCUAUACAAUGCCAUGGGAUUAAAAACAUAUGUAGGCUCUUCAUUUCGACAAAUAUUUUUCAUUCAUCUUGACUCAUAGACCAGCCAGGAUAAGCUUACCUUUUAGAGUAUUGUGCUUCAUAGUCUGCCUUUUAAAAUAUACUUCUUGGUUCAUACGAUAACCAUACAACGUGAAAAAUUAUUUUAAGUACAUAUCACAUUCCUCAAAAGAAGAAAAAAAACUGAAGAUGCUUAAGAAAAGAAGGAACAGAAGGAAGCUUUAUUUACUUUUAUUUAUACAGUCUAACACGUUACUGUGCUGCCCCUUAAACACCAAUAAUGACCCAACUCUUCAUCUGUUUGGUCACAAAUUUCUGCUUUCUCGGGCAGUAUUGUCUAAUCAUUCUUUAGCACAAAGUGAAGUUAAUAUUUUCCUUCAGUGAAGUGCUUCCUGACGUGCAGCUAUCUGUUUGAUACUGUGGUUCAUGUUGGAGCAGCUAAUGGCUUGAGCAAAGCCUGGACUGCCUCGCCUGCUUGCCAUCCUCAAUGUGUGCGGCAAACUCUCAAGUCACGAUACAUGUCAGCCUUUCAACAGAGACCCAUGUUUAGUAUGAGUGAAAGAUCAUCCAACUGGGAUUCUUGCCACCCUGCUUUCUUGCCUCUAAUGUACUAUCCUAAUUGUGCUAUUAGUCCUUUUGGACCUUUCUCUUUCAUCUAUAAAAAUAAAGACAAUGUCACUUUCUCCUUAAACUUCUAAAACUCUGAGGCAUAGUUGAUAUCAAUCAAUAAGGUACCCUGAGCUGAUAGUUUACCAAGCACACACUCAUUUUCUUUUAGGAGCUGUCCACCUACCAAGGAUUAUAAAUCUAGUUUUAAAAAGUUCUCGUUGAUGAUGGCUUGAAAAGAAAUGGCCAUGAUGCAUUUUUUCAUGAGUUUAUUUCAGGAAUAUGAGCUCUUUCUUCUAUCAAGUUACUUAUGCAUAGGCAAAAAUUGAGUUACAUAAGUAGAGAGUAAUUUUAUUUAGAAGAUUUUGUAGGAGUUUUCAAAGCAAGUAUAUAUAUUAUUCAUUUGCUUUUCUAAAUUAAAAAAGAACAUAAAUUAUAUUUCUAUAAUAAAUACAUAGUUUUUGUUAUUCUGGCUAGUUAAAAAUAAAGGAGAUUUAAAAAUACCUACAGAAAUGAAGAGUAUGGGUAGAGAAUGACAGGCAGAAAGAGGGAUGGACUAAGAAACACAGAUAUGAGAUCAACAGACAAAAACAGAAACAUAUCCAUGGAACUUUGUAUCUGCAAAGUUUUAAAAUUGUGACAUAUUUUGUAACAUCUGUGAGGGAGAUGAUCACUUCUAGACGUUUGUCCUAAGAUACAUAUGAAAUUAAAUCUAGGGCCAAAGAUUCUUUGCACCUACACUCAAUUAUUCAUCUUAGGUUAUUUGAGCCUCUUUUUUAUUUAAUAAGAAAGAUACCAUGCAGUGUUUUCCUAGGCUAUGUAGAGCAUUGCAUUGCAUACCUGCUAAGCCUGUUGAAAAUAGGUUUUGACAAUUAGGGAACCAUUCAAAAUAUAUUACUUUUGUAAUAUUUUUAAUACAUUAAAUUAAGAAAUUAAUAUCACUUUAGAUUUAAAUUCAGUCUAUCCUCAUUAUUUUAAACCUAUAUAAAUAUAACUGCAUUUUGCAUAUUUAUAUAUUAUGAAAAGACGUAUGAUGGACAGGUUUAUGUGUGAUUUACUAGUAACAUUUUUACAUUACCUCCUUUUUAUGUAAAAUAAAAAAUACUGGCAACUGGUUCCUCAACAGUUUCUUCUUACCAUUUCAAAAAAAAAAUUUUACAAAUUUGCUCUUUUCUCCUAUUUCAUGCCGAACCAAUUUCAUGCUGAACAAUACUUUUUUUUAAUAUAACCUAGUUAGGUUUUGUAUAUAUAUG